UUUUCAUUCCAUCAGGUCUUGACUACCCAUAUGCUUAUUCCUCUCUAAUUUUUUUCUCUGAUACUAGCUUUGAAUUGGGUCAACACAAGUUAAAUUUCAAAGGCCGUCUUGGUUGACAGCUGUUGUUACUACAUCUCAUCCACGUUUUCUACAAGAAGUAAGGGUUUUCAUAUUGAUUUGUAUAUGCAGAAUCAAUUUGCUUGAAAGCUUCUGUUUGAGAUCUUGCCCAACACUAUAGAAGAUUGAAGAAUCAUUAGUAGGAACUAUUGGCCGAACUCUGUGAUCAAUCGAUGUGUUCUUGCACUGUCUUCUAAAUUUAGAAUCAGAUUUGCUAUUCUAGCACUUUAUUUCUUGAAAGGUUUCUUUAGUUGGAUCUUAAUCUUCAGCAAUGUCAGAGAAGAGCAGGGUUCCUUCAAGGUUUAUAUUUUUUGUGAUGCUAAUUUCUCUGUUCCUUUUGGUCUUGUCUUCCCUUUUCCUACUUCAGUUUAGCAGCCAUUCUUUGAUACCUAGAUCAGUUUUAGAGCUUAUAAUUGUUAAUAACUCGUCGUUUUACUUUACACCCAAUUUUAAGAGGGAACAAAUCUUGCUCCCUACAUACAAAUCUGAGGAUUUAAAAUUUCAAACCUUAAAACCUAGAGAAUCUGAUUGGAAAGUUUCAAAUUCAAGUCAGAAAGAAAUUUCUGUAGGUCAGAAGAGAAAUAUGGUAUGUGACCCGACUCGGGCUGUAUUGAAAGUAUUCAUGUAUGACUUGCCUCCUGAAUUUCACUUUGGGUUAUUGGGUUGGAAGGGAAGUGUAAAUCAGACAUGGCCAGAGGUUGAUAACCCGAACCAUGUCCCACGUUAUCCAGGUGGACUGAAUUUACAGCACAGUGUGGAAUACUGGCUCACACUUGAUCUUCUGUCCUCAAACACUGCGAAAUCCGGCCAACCUUGCAUUGCAAUUAGAGUGCAGAAUUCAAGUCAAGCAGAUAUUAUUUUUGUGCCAUUUUUCUCUUCUCUGAGUUACAAUCGCCAUUCCAAGACUAACGGGGAGGAACAAGUUAGUGUUAACAAAAUGUUGCAAGACAGAUUGGUACGUUUCUUAAGUGGCCGGAAAGAAUGGAAACGCUCAGGAGGGAGGAAUCAUCUAAUUGUAGCCCACCAUCCUAACAGCCUGUUUGAUGCAAGAAGAAAAUUAGCUUCUGCUAUGCUGGUGCUUGCAGAUUUUGGAAGGUAUCCUGUUGAGUUAGCAAAUAUCAAGAAAGAUAUAAUAGCUCCCUAUAGACAUUUGGUGACUACUAUACCAAGAACUGAAUCAGCUUCAUAUGAGGAACGUUCCACAUUGGUGUAUUUUCAGGGGGCAAUAUACAGGAAAGAUGGAGGAGCUAUUCGCCAAGAACUGUAUUACCUCCUAAAAGAUGAGAAAGACGUGCAUUUUGCAUUUGGGAGCAUAGGAGGAAAUGGGGUUAAUCAGGCAAGCCAUGGCAUGACCACGUCCAGAUUCUGCCUUAACAUUGCUGGAGAUACUCCAUCUUCCAAUCGACUCUUUGAUGCCAUAGUAAGCCAUUGUGUUCCUGUGAUCAUCAGUGACGAAAUUGAGUUGCCAUUUGAAGAUGUUUUGGACUACUCUGAGUUUUCUUUAUUUGUUCGUGCUGCCAAUGCCAUAAAGAAAGGCUACCUGUUAAAUCUUCUUCAUUCAAUCAAGCGCGAGGAGUGGACCAAGAUGUGGGAAAGAUUGAAGGAUAUUACUCACCACUUUGAGUAUCAAUAUCCAUCCCAGCCUGGGGAUGCAGUGAACAUGAUAUGGCAGGAAGUUUCGCGUAAGAUAUCUUCAGUGCAGUUCAAUUCACACAGGAAGAACAGAUACAAGAGAUCUCAGCUUGUUGUCAAGACUAACUGAAAUACUGGGAUUCUAUUUUGUUUGAAUCAUUUGACCCUGGUCAAAUUUUUACAUAUCAAUUGGAGAGAGAGAGAUCUUGUUUCUCCCUAUUCACUCUUUUUUUCUUUGGCUGAGUUGCUCAUCUUGUUAUUAAAUAUUUUCAAGUCAAAACAUGCCACAAUAUUUGUCCACUUUUUGGUAUAUGAAUUUGAGCAAACAACCAAAAGUCGGCUUCAGAGAUAGGCAAUUUAAUAAUAUGGUUUUACUGUUUGAUAAACACUAACUGGUGGCAUUCAUUGAAAGGAAGAAACAUUGAAAGGUCCGCUUGAUGUCAAUCAAAUCUUGCCCAAAGUUAUAAACAAAUGUCUGUAUCAAUUACAAAAAAUAAGUCCUUUAAUUCUCUUCUUAAACUCCCAGCCAGAACUUCUUUACCAUCUACAUGUGAUGUUAAUAUAUAAGUUGGGAUAUGGAUGAUCAAGAUUUGCAUUAUCCAGUUAUGAUGUGUUGGAGUUUGGCCUCCACUGGUAUGCAAAGAAGCAAGUCUACAAGGUUAGAAAAGACUGCCAAUUUCAUAUUUUAGAGUGAAUCACCAACUUUGUCUUUAAAAUUGCAGGGCGUUGCAAUGCUGGCCUCUGAAAUUACUAAAAGGUCUUAAAAUUUAUAAAUUGUUGGUUAUUUUA